CGAAAUUAUCAGCGGACACUUAUAAAUUGAUCGAUAACGCAGUUGGGAAUCUUUCGAAUGGAUUCAUUCGACAGAGAGCUGAUGUGUUAAGAAGCUAAUAAUAUAUUAUAUGGCCGAAAAAGACUGUAGAAAGAAAAUGUCUGACAAAAUACAACCACAGGAACACGGAUCUCAAAGAGUUAGACAUGCAAGCGUCCAUUAUCACGAAAGUAAAGGCCCACGAAUCGGAGCAAGACAUGUCAUGACUUUGCUAAUCGCCAUUGGUAUGACAAUUGGAUUUGGAAUGAGAACCGGCUUUUCAGUAGCUAUUGUUGCUAUGACCGACAACACAACCACCUCGGGCGCGAAGAUUUACGACUGGAACAACACCAGCGUGAUACUGUCGUCUUUCUUGUGGGGUUACCUGUGGUUCCAAGUGCUAGCGGGAUACCUGGGGAAGAAAUACGGCUCAAAAUAUUUCCUAGCAGUCACAUUUUUCUUAAACACGGUGGCGUUCACAAUGAUACCGUUUGCAGCUGACUGGUUAGGAUCUGCAGGUGUUAUAAUCUGCAGAAUCAUACAAGGACUGACCCAGUCAUUCCUGUUCCCAUCUGCACAUAAUUUGUUGGGUAGGUGGGCACCAGCUGAAGAAAGAACUUUUUUGGCUGCCAUAGUUUACGCGGGAGUAUCAUUGGGUACUAUAAUAGCGUCGAUUUUAAUUGGAUAUACAGCUUCGUCCGCUGUGGGGUGGCCCAUAUAUUUUUACGUAUUCGGCGGUAUGGGGGCGGUUUGGUGCGUUGUUUGGUUAAUAUUCGCACACAGUAGUCCCAGCGAGUACCCGAAUAUCACAUUCGAGGAAAAGAAAUAUAUAGAAGUAUCCUUGGGGCAGUAUAAACAGACACAGAAAAUUCCAACUCCUUGGUUGAAAAUUUUCACCAACAUCCAUUUCUACGCGGUCGUUUUAGCGUACACUGGAACCGCUUGGGGUUAUGCAUUGGCAAUGACAGAGACACCCACGUAUUUGAGAUACGCGAUGAAGUUUGAUAUUGAAUCGAGCGGAUUAACUAACGCCUUGCCAACAAUCGGAUGCAUGGCGAGCGUUUUCCUCUGUGGCGUCCUAUCGGACUAUUUAAUGAACAAAAGGAUACUAUCAAGGGUUAACACAAGAAGAGUACUCCAACUAGGCGGUUGUUACGGAAUCGCCUUGUGUCUAGUAGGUAUGAGUUUCGUGACGGCGGACCACGCCUAUAUAUCAGUAAUUCUGCUGGUAUUCAUUAAUAUAUUCAUGGGAUCGCUUCAAAAUGGUGCCGUGGUAAAUCUGAUGGACUUGUCGCCGCGAUUCUCUGGAAUCAUGAUGGGUUUCACUAAUAUGGUCGGUCAAGGAAUCGCCAUUCUCUCCCCAAUCUUAGUACAAUUUGUGGUGACGGAUCAAAGCAACCUGGCUCAAUGGAGGACGGUAUUCCUAAUUUCAGCCGGCACGUAUGUCGUUUCUGCGACCAUGUAUGGAAUAUUCGCUUCAGGCGAACGACAGUUGUGGGACGGUCCAAAAGAUCCUAUCAUAGAGAGGCUAAAGAAAGGGUCUAUAAUAAGUUUAACUUCGAAUUAGUGAGAAGAUCUGACCGUUACUUGCUUUGUCUUCAAACGUGAUAAUAAAUUAUUUUUACUACAACCUUGCCUUUAAUAUUGCCAUAGCUGAUUCAUCAACUUAGAUUGGAAACUGAAACCUGAAAAUCCUUAAAUAAAGAAAAGGAAAGUACUGAAAAGGAUGACCAAAUGAACAAUCUUGUGUUGUAGCAAUCCUUCUUGUGGACCAAUGCCACAAGUAACUACCUACUUUUUGAUUUUUUGGAUAAUAUUAGUCAAGUUCUCC